ACGGACUGAAUAUUCAUAUCAAGCAAACCAAAGCGGUAUAGAGAGAAGGAGACGACGUGUUGAAAAACCUGUUUUCUUUCUGUCAUUCUCCAUCGCCACAAAGGAUUGUCUUCGACCGGGUUUUCUCAAGUCGACGCGUGUGGGCAAUCCGACUUCAAUUUCGUCAUUAACUCGAGUCACGAAGGUGACUUUGUGUCUCUCUAAAAUGACUUCAGGCGAUGUUGUUACAGAUCAUCUGAGAGCUGAGACAAAAACCUUCUGCAACAACUUUCGAAGUUAGAUAUGAACUUUAUGAACAACGGACAUUUUGCCUAAUUUAACUUUCCAAGCUAGCUAUACUUCCAGGCAAAUGUAAACGAACAUAAGAAGGCGCCUCACAGAAAAAAAUACAUAUUCACUCAGUGAAAACUGCUUGACAUUGACUUUAACAUGACAUUUGUAAGGCCCCUUUACGAAGGAUAAAUGUACAGUAAUGUAAAGCACUGAGCCACUAAGAGGAUUCCAUGUCUUUCUUGGACUGUUCCUGUAUUUCACAUACAUCGGUUGAAAACAUCAGUGUAGAGGACCAUUACGACACAGUCAGUCAUCACUAUCUGACCAAUGAGCCAGCAGCAUGUUCCCUAUCAAAAACACCUCCCAAUGAUGACAUGACUGUGUACUCCACUGAUAUCAGCCACUACCAACUUCUCUCUGAGCUGGGGAGGGGGUUCUAUGACCUCAGUGUGGUGUGCUUGGCUAGGCACAAACCCACAGGGAACCUAGUGGCUGUCAAGCGGACAAAUCUCGACAACUGUACAGGAGAACAACUAGGGGUCUUGCAGAAUGAGGUGCUGCAGACUCAGCUGUUCCACCACCCCAACAUCCUGACCUCCCAGAUAGUAUUUACCUCCUCUAGCAAACUCUGGGUCGUCAGUCCAUUGAUGGCAUAUGGCUCGGCAGAUUGUCUUGUGAAGACGUAUUUCUCUGAUGGAAUGAGUGAAUCACUCAUUGCCUUUAUUCUCUAUGGGGUAUUAAAGGGUCUUGACUACCUGCACAGGAUGGGCUACAUUCACAGGAGUGUUAAAGCCAGUCAUAUUCUGCUGUCUGGAGAUGGGCGUGUCUACCUGUCUGGUCUACACAGUCUGUACAGCAUGGUGAGAGACGGGAAGAGGUCGAAGGUUGUGUACGAUGUACCGGAGCACAGUUCAACUGUGCUUCCUUGGCUGAGUCCAGAGCUGCUCCAACAGGAUCUGCACGGCUAUGAUGUGAAGUCUGAUAUCUACAGUCUGGGCAUUACUGCUUGUGAGCUAGCCAGUGGGAGAGUUCCUUUUCAGGACAUGCACCCAACAUUGAUGCUGCUGCAGAAGCUCAAGGGGUCGCACUGCUGUCUGCUGGAUAUCCACCCAUUCCCCUUGGAGGGGCUGGGGCUGAAAGUCUCCCGCUCCGGGGUGGAUUCUGGGAUAGGGGAGAGUGUGGCCGCCUCCAGCAUUAUGCGGACGAUGACUGGAGAGAGACCACAGAGUCCAGCACCUAAAAACUUCUCUGUUCUCUUCCACAACCUCGUCGAGUUGUGUCUACAGCAUGAUCCAGAAAAACGACCCUCUGCAAGGUCCCUGUUAACCCAUGCCUUCUUGAAACAGGUGAAAAGACACACCAAAGAUUCCUUCCUCACCCUCUUGCACCCUGCUGUGCCACUGAAUAAUCCACGAGUAUUGGCAAAGGCUGCGCAGACUGCAGCUGGGCAAGAUUCUACUACCUCUCCCGAUGGAACAGCUGGAGCAUGGGAAUUCUAAAAGGACAAUCCACAAUAAGAAUCUCUUGAUGUGCCAAUCCCCAACAGCAAUGAGCUAUAUUGCAAGCCAUUCGGAGUACAGACACUUGUUUUUUUUAUUGGUAUUUCUACUGUAAUCAAAUAGUUGUUGUUGAUUAUUAUUAUUAUUUUAAAUUUGUAAAGUGAAAUAUGUUUAUGGGGGGGUGGGGGGGUGUAGUGUUUAUUACUUUUAAGUUUUGCCGUUUGCUAAGUUACUCUUCAUCAUAUUUUUUUUCAUAAUCUUAUUCAAACUCCACGUUAGAGAAGAUAAGGAAACGGCAGCUUGUAGAGGAAAUGUUUUGUAUUUUGACCUCCUGUUGUAAUGGGUGUUUAACAUGCCACCCAUGUUCUAUCUGUGGUUUUCGUUUGAUGUCAUUUGUAAGUAGUUUUGGAACCAACUUUUUCAUUAAUACUUCAACCUUAGCUCAGCAAACAGAAAAUGUAAGUACAUAUUUUAAAUGCAAAUUGUCAGUGUGUCCCCAGUAGCUCACUAUGUAGUGUAAUGCAUUAUAAGUAGAAAAAGCAGUCCACCUACAGUAUUUUUAAUACUUUUUUUACACCAAGCCAUUUUAGGGCAUUGUAGAUACUAUAUCCCCCACUUCCAAAUUUAAAAUCAAAUUAGUAGUGGUUUCUUAUCUACAGUAUUAAUUACUAACAGCCUGCAACAUGUAGCAUAGUUCAGUUUCUUUCCUAAAUUAUUUUUGCCUUUGUAUUCUCCAAUGAAUUGUAUUGUUUUGCAUUAUAAACAUCAGAUUGUUUCAGCCAACCAGGUUCGUGGAAUGGUAGAUGCCCGCUAUAAACUAACAGGACUUCAAAAUCUUGAAACAGCAUGGUUUUCAAGCAUUUUGGUUUAUAAUAGUAUUAAUAUUGUCAUCAGUCGUCAUUACCUGUAGAUAACUGACCUUGUGUUUCGUUAAUGCCCUUGCCUUUGGCUCAGGACACCUAACAGUCACUGCAGUCUAUUAUCUAGAAAAGUAAUAACCUAUUCGUUGUUUAAUUAUCGCAACACCCAAUCAAUUAUGUUUUAGUUUUUUGUCUACAUAAGUUGGAUGAAUUCUGGUUAACUGCAACAUAUUUUUCUAUUUUAGCUUGCAUUAACCUCACACUACAGAAGAUGUAAAUAAGGGUACAAAUCAAUUACUGGAUGCAAGCAUGUGUCCUUUUUCUAGUUGACCCCUAAUUUCUUUUUUUUUUAAUAAACUGACCUACCUGCAACCUAAUGCAAUUAAUAAAAGAAGCGACUAAAACAGCCAAUGAUACUUUUAGUAAAUCUUACUUUGAAGUGCGGUGCUCCUCAUACUAGUUUCAAAUAAGAAAAUGUGCUUCACAAUGUAGUAUUUAAGCAAUAAUAAGUUUUCAAAGAAAAAAAAGAAGAAAUCAAAUGGUGGCAUAUGUAAUGCAGGCUGUUCCAUAACAAAAAAAAUGCAAUUCCCUUACCUCUGUAAAAAUGUGAUUUGUAUUUAAGUUGUAUCUGGAUUGAAAAAAAAAUAAAUUAUGUAAAAAUAUAUUCUCAGAUUUUCA